CCCUCUCACCCUACAAUUGACCGAAUCGGAUCACCCCGAUUGGCCCAAAUCCUCCUCCCCUUCGUCGCCGCUACUGCAGUGGCUACCCAAAUCUCGCCGAUCGCUGUGUGCACCAUGUGCGGUGACUGCUGCGGCGGCGGUGCCGGGGGAGCCGCCGAGGCGAGGGCGGCCGGCGCCGGCGGCGGGAGGAAGCGGGGGUGUGUGGGGACGGCGCUCGCCCUCGUGGCCCUGGCGGCCGCCGCGGCGGUCGCCGUCCUGGAGGGCACCGCCGGCGGGGUCUCCUACGUGGGCGACGGGUGGCUCCACGAGUGCGCCAAGUGGGACGCCGACGGGCGGCGCCUGCUCGUGUCCAACUUCUUCGGCGCCGGCGUGUCCGAGCUCCGCGCCGAAACGAAAGGGAAGGAGAAGGAGGAGGAGCGCGUGGUCCUAGCGGAUCCCGACGUUGCCGGGAGGGUCGCGCUGGGUCUCACCGUCGACGCGCCGAGGGGGCGGCUGCUCAUCGUCUACGCCGACCGGAUGCCGCGGUUCAGGUACUCCGCCGUGGCCGCGUACGAGCUCGCCUCGUGGCGCCGCCUCUUCCUCACCCGCCUCGACGGACCAGGUGAUUCAACGCUCGCCGACGACGUGGCCGUCGACGACGAGGGGAACGCGUACGUGACGGACGCCAAGGGCAACAAGAUCUGGAAGGUGAGCCCGGACGGCGAGCCGCUGUCCGUCAUCAAGAACGCCGCCUUCUUCCAGAGGCCGGGGUGGAUCAACAACCUCGUCGGCCUCAACGGCAUCGUCUACCACCCCAGCGGCUACCUCCUCGUCGUCCACACCUCCGGCGGCGACCUCUUCAAGGUCGACCCGGAGACGGGGAGCGUGCGCGUCGUCCAGGUGAAGGGCUCGCUGAAGGCCGGCGACGGGCUGGCGCUGCUGUCUCCGGCGAGGCUGGUCGCCGCCGGCCUGGUGAGCCGGCUGGUCGAGAGCGACGACGACUGGGAGACCGCCGCCGUCACCGGCCGGCACGUCGGCCCGGCUCACCGGAUCGGCUCGUCGGCGACGGUGAAGGACGGCGACGUGUACAUCAACCACAUCAUCGGGUUCGGCCUCGGCAAGAAGACGCAUGUCAUCUCCAAGGCGGCGUUCGCGCCUUUGUAGGCGAGGAUCAUGCUUCAAGGUUCUUUGAUCUCGUGUUACUUCGGUGACAGAUUGAUGGUUUUAUGCCUGAGGAGUAUGCAUCCAUGCAUAUGCUCGUCCAACGUCCUUUUUUGCAAUCCAUUGCCAGUUUGUUUAGAAAUUAGAACAAUCUCUGCUGCUUGCAAUUGCACGUGUUAAUUUUGUGCAAAUACCAGAUUAAUAUACGAAGAGUGCACACCUGACUGUCAAUAGAAGUAUGACUAUGAACUUGAACUAGUCCUACUAUUUCAGUUUCAAUUAUAGGAGAGUAAAUUUCGCAAUAAUGCAAUUAUUUUGUCAACCAUAUGGACAGGGAUUUUGAUUAGUGACUUGUACAGCAGGCAAGAUGAUUCCAUUUCCCAGGGUUUCAUCUAAUUUAGGUGAUGCUUCCGAAGACCGCAGAGUGCCGUGUGUCCGGGGCUCUCUCCAUCCAUGAUUAAUGAUACUCUCCCCAGUUCUGGCAUGAUGCUGGGACUUCGUCACAGGCAGCAGGCACGUCGAGUCAGGGUCCACCACUGGACCAUGCCGGGACAUCGUCGGAGUACAGGUGGGCUUCCGCCUUGCACUUCGACAUCAGCGACUUCGACUUCCAGCACUCGACAGAGGACGUCAUCGGCCCCUCACAGCUGAGAGGCGCACCGCUGGUGCAGACGCAGGACCAGUCGCCCUCUACUCCGCCACCAUAUAGUCGUGCUACCCGUGCUGUGCCACCGGAUCGCUUCACGUACUCCCAGGACCACAUGCGAGCACAGGCCCAGAGGACCAAGUGUGGUCGCGGCGCGGGGCAGGGCCAGUAGAGCGGCCUUCUCUUUGUUUAUUUACUUUACAUACCAGUA